AUGUCCAAGUGCCCCACCUGUAGCAAGACCGUGUACUUUGCCGAGCGCGUCAGUGCCCUUGGCCGCGAUUACCAUCGCCUCUGCCUCAAGUGCAAGCAGUGCACCAAGGCGCUCCAGCCCGGCCAGUUCGCCGAGAACAACGGCUCGCUCUACUGCAAGCCCUGCUACUCGUCCGUCAUCGGCCUGAAGGGCUACGGCUUUGGCAACUCCAUCGACUCGCAUGUGUCGGGCGGUGCCGCCGGCAAGGUGCAGCACUCUGCGCCCGUGAGCUCUGGAGGCAGUGGAGGCUACGCUACUCGUGCCGCCGAUCCCGCUCCCGCCCCUUCGGGCGGCGGCGGCAAGUUCUGCAGCCAGUGCGGCUCGCGCGCUGCCGGCGGCAAGUUCUGCUCCGAGUGCGGCUCCGCCCUGUAA